AUGUGGCUUUGGAGCGACGCGACGAUGCGUGCCGUGCCGUGCCGUGCGACGCCGUUGGCGCUGGCGAGCUGCGGUGGCGGUAGUUCUAGCGGCGGAGAUCACAGCCGCCAGGACACGAACGCGCGCUUUCAUCGCCUCACCUUCGCCGGGACCGCUGGAAAUCUGGUCGGCUGCACCUCGUUUGACUCACUCCUACCACCACCCGCUGCCCGCCCAGCGCUCCUGCCCUGCCCUGCCACUGCUCCUGCUGCUGCUGCUGCUGCUCCUGCUCCAACGCAGCAGGUGCGACCGCUCGCUGUUGCCGCGCUCGACGUCCGACGUCGACGGCAAUCUCCUGCUGGCGCGCAGGCCUCUCCCUUCCCCGCAUACCUUAUCGCCGUCCGGACGGUGUCGCCACCUCAAACUGUAGACAGGAUGGAUCGUUCCGUCGUCAUCCCCGUCGACAAUGAGACUGAGAGCUCUACCUCGCGCCUCACCAUCGAUGGUCGCACCAUUACUUACAACAUGACCGUGCUGCAGCAGCCGGUGCGCGCUCGAGCCUGUAGUCAAGGUGCCAAAUCAUCUGCCGACCGUCGCCCUGUAGAUCCACCGCCCAUUGUUGAGCUGAAGAUCUACGAAGGCGAAAACAAGGAACAGGACAUUACCUUUACCAUGCACGCUAACUACUUCCUGUUCGCCAGUCUGGAGCAUGCACGCCCCAUGGCACAUGGACGCGUCUCCCAAGAGCGAAACACUCCUCCGGUACUGACGGGCACGCCUGUUGCCGGAAUGGUUUACUUGGAUCGGCCCAGUCCCGCGGGUUAUUUCAUCUUCCCCGAUCUCUCGGUCAGGCACGAGGGCAAGUACCGAUUGAGCUUCAGCUUGUUCGAAGAGCUCAAAAACCCAAAGGACGAGGACAAGAUGACUGGAGAGGUCCAGCCAAACGCCACUGGAGAUGCCCACGUAAGCAACCGCUUGGAAGUGAAGUCGGAGCCAUUCCAGGUCUACAGCGCAAAGAAGUUCCCCGGCCUCACCGAAAGCACAAACCUCAGCCGUGUCGUUGCUGAGCAAGGUUGUCGUGUUCGCAUCAGACGCGAUGUACGCAUGCGCAGACGUGACACCAAGGCCAAUGGCAAGGAGUGGGAUAACUAUGAGGAUGAGACGGCAAACGCACGCGCGAGGAUGUCUUCCACCCCGGAAUCUUCUUGCUACACCUCCAUGCAUACUCCUUAUGCCUUCAUGGAUCCUAUUGCGCGCCCGCGAUCAUCAAGCAAUGCCAGUCACCAGUCCCUUGGCGGCUCAUUAUCACGUAGGACAUCGCUCCAGGAUAUGAACCAAGCAUACCAGCAGCCUCACUACAGCUCUGCGCCGCACACUCCUCAGAGCGCAAUGUCUACAUCCUCGCAGUAUGGUCCAUCUCCUACCCAGCCUUAUGCGCCGGCUCCCUUCGUGCAGGCUCCAGCCAUGCCUCCGCCCCCUCAAUUUGCACAACAGUACCCACCGCCGCCUCCUCAAGCGCCGUCGCCAAUGCAUCAACAAAACUAUUAUCAGUACCCGCCGCAGCCAGGAUCUCAAGUCCAGCAACCGCAGCCGCACUUCAAUGCACCCCCUCCGCCACCAAGUUAUGACUCCAUGCACCAGCAACACCGGCAAAGCAUUGAAUACUCACCUCAGCCACAGCACGACUUUCGUCGCAACUCGAUGCAACACAACAUAACUACACCUCCAAACGGAUACGCGCAGCAGUCUCUACAACAACCUGCAUAUCCUUCCCAAACUGCCUCCAACCAGCAGACAUGUCAACAAAUCCCUCCCCCACCACCUCCGCCUACGCAACCAAGCCAUGGCUAUUCCUCAUCAGUAGAAAUGUACCCAACACGGCCCGCUCCACUUGAGCCUGUGCUUCCGAGCAGUCGCAGCGCUGGUGCAACCACCCCGAUCAACUUAAAGCCCACCAUGGAAUUGCCACCGUUACAGGCAGCAAUGACUUCCAGCACUAAGCUCGAAGCUGCUUCUCCCAUCUCGUCUACCCCCCAGAGCUCGUACUUCCCAAGCCAAGUCCCCAUUCCGGACAGCCACAAGCGGAGUUAUGGUAACGUCUUCAGCGACCGGCACCAAAGCCAGCCAUUACGGCAAGGCGCUCGACCAAACUUGAGCAACGAUUAUGGCCACAUGGGACCUGGCUCUUCAAUAACUGCUGGCGAAGACGAUGAGAACGCUGGCGGAGAACUUGACCCGACCGCUCUCAGCAUGGCAUACCGUAGAGCCGAUGGGAGACAGAUUAUGCGAGCUCUCCCGGGGAAUGCAUGAUCGUGUACGCUUUUGAGUGAUGAGACCAGUAAAGAAGGGUCACACCGGACCUUUGUUUCUUGCAGCACAUGAAAAUUUGCGGGCGGUGACAGGACCUAUAAGGGACGAAAUAUGAGAGCAUGGCGCUGUCGGCGAAUGGUGAAGCGGAUUUUACCUGGAACGAUCAGGAAGGAGCAUUGAUACCUCUCUUGUGUUGGGAAUUUGGGAAUCAUGUUAUGGCGAGGCCACGCCAGGCUUUCUUCGAACGAUCUAAGCCUAGUUUGUGUUGCAUUUGUUGUAUUCUUUUGUCCGACUACGCUUUGAUUCGGUAUACUCUACGACCUUUACGAUACCUGUCGCAACUUACAGAAGAUACGAACUUCCAGUAUCAAAUACCUUUUAGAUGACG